AUGGCAGGUCGGCGGCGAGGGCUCGGCCGGCCCCGCCGCCCGGGGAGCCCCUCGGGCCCGGCGGGGGCUGGCGGGAGCCUCGAGCCGACGGGCACAAGGAGAAAGGAGAAAGUUUUCCCCCUCCCACCGCGGCCCAGCGGAAAGUUACCGCCGCCCCCGCGCCGCCUCAGCCCCCGGCCCGCCAGCGCCGGCCUCCCCGCCCCCGCUGACAGCCCCGCGCCCCUUCCCCGCCGGCCCCGGAACGCGGCGGCGGCGCCCGACCCGCGGCAUCGCCUCGGAGAACCCCCCGCGCCCCGCGGCGGUGACAGCCCCGCCGCGCUCACCUCAGGCGGGUGCCGCGCUCCCCGGGGCGACGAGCGGGUGGUGAAGGGGUUCGGGGGGCAGCGCGCUCGGUGCCCGCGCCCUUAUCUCAUCCCAGCGGAGCCCGGCUCGCCCCCGCCGCCUCCCGCCGUGUGGGCGGCUCAGGCGGGAUCCCCCCUCCCCUCCGCCGCCAUCUUGGCUGUCACGGGGCGGGGGAGGCGGGCGGCGACCCGUGAUCGCGGCGGGGCGGGCGCGGGACGGCACCCGCCGGGUCCCGCGGCUCCUGAGGGGGGAGGCGGCCGUGCCCCGCCGCCCACCGGGUCCCUUUUGAGCGCUCCCCCUCGCACCGCGGGUCCGCCGUUCCCGCCUUCCCCCUCACGGAACGCGGCCCCUCCGCUCCCGCCUUCCCCCUCACGGAACGCGGCGUCGGCGGCUCCGAGCCAUGAAGGGGGGAGCGGAGCUCCCUAA